AUAGUUCAUAUGUGUUUACAUUGCAGAUAUUGGCGCACCAUUAUUUUGGAUUGAUAAUAUUUGUUUGUCAAUAAUGAAAAGAUCAAUAUUAUUUUGGAAUUUCUCGUUAAUUAACUGUUUAUUUAAUGACAUAUAUUUGAAUAGGGAAAAUUAAGUAAGUUAAUGUCAACGGAUAACUUUCGCUGCCAUUUUCUAUCUCUAUCUGUUUCGUUCAUUAAUCAGUGAUGAUAUGUUAAAUCGAUUUAAAACUUACUUCAGAGAAUAAAAGAAAAACCCAGAGAUACACGAUAAGGGUAUUUAUUAAAGUUUAUUUAGUGUGUUGAUAAAUGAGACGACAUUGGACCACUGCUGAUAAAUUCAGCUCCGAUUUUUGUCGAAGAAUAAACAGUAGCGGCUGCGACACAAGGAAAACUCGAGGGGAAAUUUCGACGUAUUUGCAUUCAUUAUUUACCAAAGCUCCACGAAUUGUUUAAACUUAAUUUGAUAUUUAAAUUAAACAUGUAUUAGCUGUGAUUGAAUAAGCUGAAUCGAGUGUCAAAUGCGAUUUCUGAAGUUGUGAAUUUCGCACUUGCGGUUGGGUUUUCUGACUUUGAUCAGCGUUUAAAAGAAACGACAGCAUUUGUUAACAUAUCGUGACGUCAUGUCCGGCGAUGCUGAUAUGGAUCAGCGGCGGGGAAGUGAGCAAGGGCUGCUGAAAUCUCGCACCGAAAACGAGUUUCUCGUGAAAAUUGGCGCCAAAGAAGAGGAGUUUGAGUGGGAACCCAAAAUUGUAAACGAACGGCUGCGUCGCUCGUCAUCGUUUGUCUGCGCCCAGUACGACAAACCCGCGUGCUUUCGCGCCAAACCGAAAACUGUAGCAGUAAACCCAUGGAAGAUCACGCGAUUUGGCCCACGGCGUUACUACAUCAACAAUCAGGAUAUUCACCAGAUUGGAGAUGUGCAUUUAAGGGGACCUACCACCCAAGCUUUGGGGCUGUGUUAUCCGCCCAAGACAGUUGCAGCUCUUUGAGUUAACACGGUUGACUACCAGCAUCAUAACUGACAAUGACACAUUCCUGUUUCAUAACUCAGUGUAACUCGGUACAUAAUUUUCGUAAUAUUAACAUGUUAUUUAAAAUAGUUUGUGAGUUUUGUUUAUAUAGGAAAUGAUUUGAGGGCUUACGAUAUACCUUAUGUGAUGUUAAUGUUUACUUUCGAUAUUUAACAGACUAUUUGUGUUGUUAACUAAAUAAAUCUUUUGUAAACAAUUAA